GGAAAGAUGGCGGCUCCCACUAGCGAGAUUGAAGUGGUCGCUGCGAAAAAAACAAAUGCAUUUUCAAGCUCACUGCAGAUAUUGCGAGGACCGAGGAGAGUGGCCAAUCAUAUUCCUGACGAGAUCCUCAAAGAUCCAGAGCUCAUCAAGGCCAUUAAGGCUUUGCCAGCUAACUACAAUUUUGAGAUCCACAAAACAAUAUGGAGGGUGCGACAAGCCAAAGCCAAGAGAGUGGCUUUGCAGUUGCCCGAGGGUCUGCAGAUGUUUGCCUGUGUGAUCGCUGACAUCAUUGAGAGAUUCACAGAGGCGGACACUCUGGUGAUGGGAGAUGUGACAUACGGGGCCUGCUGCGUGGACGACUUCACUGCCCGCGCUUUGGGAGCUGACUUCAUGGUGCAUUAUGGACACAGUUGUCUCAUCCCAAUAGACUCAACUGAGGGCAUCAAGAUGCUGUACGUGUUUGUGGACAUCCAGAUUGACACUGCCCACUUCUUGGACACACUCAGGUUCAACUUUCCCCCUGGCCACUCGCUCGCCCUCGUCAGCACCAUCCAGUUUGUGGCUGCUUUACAGGCAGCCAGUGCAGAGUUGAAGCCAGAUUACGAGGUGUUGGUACCUCAGUGUCGGCCGCUUUCUCCUGGGGAGAUCCUCGGAUGCACCUCGCCUCGUCUGGAGAAACAUGUCAAUGCCAUCAUUUAUCUUGGAGACGGAAGAUUUCAUUUGGAAUCCAUCAUGAUUGCCAACCCAGAUAUACCGGCCUACAGGUAUGACCCAUACAGUAAAGUGUUUUCUCGAGAGUAUUAUGACCAUGAGGCAAUGCGGACCACCAGACUGCAGGCCAUAGAGAGCGCCCGCUCAGCCCAGAGAUGGGGCCUCAUCCUAGGCACCCUUGGCCGUCAGGGCAACCCCAAAAUCUUGGAGCAUGUAGAGUCUCGAUUGGAGUCUUUGGGCCGUUCAUUCACACGUGUGCUCCUGUCUGAGAUUUUCCCCGGCAAGCUGGAGCUCCUGGCAGACGUGGACGCGUGGGUGCAGAUUGCUUGUCCUCGCCUCUCCAUCGACUGGGGAACGGCUUUCUCCAAACCCUUGCUGUCUCCAUAUGAGGCAGCAGUAGCGCUGCAGCAGGUGGGAUGGCAGGAGGUGUAUCCUAUGGAUUUCUAUUCCAAUCAGAGCCUAGGGGCUUGGACUCCAAAUCACCCAGACAACCAACCAAAAAGGCCUUCUCACAAACUCAUGCAGAAGGCGGGUUCAGAUGUCGGUCAGCAGAUGAGGAGCUGUGGCCGUGAACAGAGCACCUCCUGUGGCUGCCAGCCGGAAUAGCACGGCCAACCACAGAUCACUGUGGACAUCUGCAGGAGACAAGCGAGCCAAUCAGAUCUCACUAUUUACAUCACAGCCCAACACGCUUCAUCAAAUCAACCCUCAGUUGACACGAGACAGUGAGAGAGAGAGAAAACACAAGUGAGAGAGAAAGAAAAGGAGCUGCCAGCCACUUUGCAUAAGUGACCUUCAUCCUUUCAAAAUUACAGCGGGAAAUGAGAGCGUGUUCAGAAUUAUUCUUCUGCAGAGGAAGAUAAUACUCAUUCUGAAUUCCAACUCUGACUUUUUUUAUUUCCCAUUAUGCCGGGAUGAGAGGUUCUCCAACAGAAAGGAGCUCUUUGAAUGUUUUGUACAGAAUGUGUUUUAGUUACGCGCAAA